AAGAUGGAAAGUUGUACCAGCACUUUCCCUGCUCUCCAUGAAGCAUCGGUCGAUUUGUGUUCCGGCUGGGGAGCAGUUAGGCGCACCUUUCCUGCGACUUAGGUGCAUGUGUGAUUGAAGAGCCAUGUCUCGCCCUGAGACCCUGGGCCCCAGUGCCUGGGCUUUUUCGCUGGGGCAGAGGACUGUGCUGGGGUUCGGGGCUGUGGUGGCCUGGAUGGUUCUGUUCCACCUGCUGGUGAACGCGUGGCUGCUCUGUGUGUUCACCAGCCUGCUGCUGGUGCUGGGUGGCUGGCUGGGCUCUCAGGCUGUGCUGGACUCCAGCAGCGUGGUCCACCUGGAGCGCUUCGUCACCAUGGAGCGCACCCCAGACCCGCCCGACAGCGAGCUGCAGCUGGACCGGGAGAUCCACAACACUGUCUGCAAAAUCGUCCGCGACUUUGUGUCCUCCUGGUACCGCACCGUGUCGUCCGAGCCCGAGUUCGAGACGCAGGUGCGGGAUGCCAUGGUUGCCAUGGCGAUGGAGCUGAAGGCCAGGGCGGGGAGGGUGGACCGCCGGGCGCUGACCGAGAGGCUGCUGCACCUGUGCGGCUGCCACCUGCAGAGCUACCUGCGGGUUCGAGAGAUGCUGGCGGAGCGGGGAGGGAGGGGUGAGCAGGGGGAGCAGGGGGAAAGGCUCUGGAAGCUGUACCGUGGAGUGAAUGCUCCACACCCGGCCAUGAAGAGUCCAGCCACUGAGAUGGCCUAUGCCCGGGGCGUGGUGGACCUGCUGCUGCAUGUGCUGGUGCCGCCGCCCCACCUGGAGACCCGCACCGGCCGCUUCGUGGUGGGAGAGCUCAUCACCUGCAACGUGCUCCUGCCGCUCCUCUCCAGGCUGGCCGACCCCGACUGGCUCAACAUGCUGAUCGUCGACAUCUUCACAAAGUCCAGCAGGCAGGCGGGCGAAACGAGGGAUGCUGCGGAGACUCCGCCCACCACGUCCCCAGCCCCGCAGCAGCCUGAGGCCCCUCAUGCCCCCGACGCCCUGACCCUGAGGGUCCAGCCCGACACGCCCGGGGUGACGGGCGCGUCCACCCCUGAACUCUGUGCCUACGAUGUCAUCGACUCGGCGGAAAUGUUCUGCUUGCAGAACAUGGAGGAGGAGGAGUCCUGGCCGGAGGGUGGGGCCAGGCAGAGGCCCAGCGUCAGCCCCAUGGACUACCUGCGGCCGGAAAAAUUCAACCCCUUUUACCAGGAGACCGACUCUGACAUGGAGUCUCCGUCCUUUGACUUUAAGAGGACCUCCAUGGAGUCGCUGGUUCUGAUCGGCUCAGAGGAGGCGCUGUUAGACAGGCGGGACUGCAGCACGCCCACAGACAUCAGCAGCGUGGUGGAUGUGGAGGACGAGCUGCAGGGCUUGGCGGCUCUGGCGGACCGUGGCGGCCCACAACUGCUGGUGUCUGACGGCCUGGAGGGGGCGCUGGAGGGUGGGGGAGAGAGGCCCAGCAGCCUGGGCCCUGUGGGGCCAGCAGGCCCGGAGCUGGAGAGGGACAGAGUGAACCCCAACGAGCUAUCCAUCAGCGUGCCGCUGCAGGCGUCCUCCCCCACCACCGGGGGCGCCCCGCUGUCCCCCUUCAGCUUUGAGCCCCUGAUCAGCCCAGAGGGCCCGGUCAUCAUCCAGAACCUCCGAAUCACCGGCACCAUCACGGCCAAGGAGCACAGGGGCACGGGCUCGCACCCUUACACCCUCUACACAGUCAAGUAUGAAACAGCGGUGGACAGUGGAAGUGCAGGUACUCUGCAGCCUGUUGCUUACCACAUGGUGAACCGCCGCUACAGCGAGUUCCUCAACCUGCAGACCCGCCUGGAAGAGAAGCCGGAGCUGCGCAAAAUUCUCAAAAAUGUGAAAGGACCAAAGAAGAUAUUUCCAGACCUUCCGUUUGGAAACAUGGACAGUGAAAAAGUAGAGGCCAGAAAAAGCCUGUUAGAAACAUUCCUCAAGCAACUUUGUGCCAUUCCUGAAACCGCCAACAGUGAAGAAAUGCAGGAGUUUCUGGCCCUCAAUACAGACGCCAGAAUUGCCUUUGUGAAGAAGCCUUUCAUCGUAUCUCGGAUAGACAAGAUUGUGGUGAACGCCAUCGUGGAUACCCUGAAAACAGCCUUCCCGCGUUCUGAGCCACAGAGCCCCACAGAUGAGAUAGAUGGCGACAGUGAGCCAAAAAUGCAGUCAGACACCAAGAAAAGCAGGUCGCGACUGAGGUUCUCCAGUAAAAUUGCUCCUGUCCUCAGCGUGUCCGACAUGCAGCCCAAAGUCACCUACUGCUGUGAUGAAGAGCGCACGGUGUUUAAUGGGCUCUCUCUGAGCGGGCUGGAGGCCUUCAUUAAGGAGCAGGAGAAGCUGGUGAGCGGGACGGCUGUGCGGGAGGCUGAUGGCUGGAAAGACUGCCACCUGCAGGAGAAAGUGGGUACUGUGUGCUGUGGAGGACCAGAGAAGCAUCCACAGGGAGUGCUGAGUCAGGCAGCGGGUAAAGAGCCAGUGGCAGAGACAGCCCUGGCAGACGUGGCUCUCGACAUGCUGUGUCUGCUGAUCCAGGAUCAGUGGAGUUGGCUGUGUACAGAGAACAUCCAGAGGACCGUCCGGCUGCUGUUCGGAACACUCAUCGACAGGUGGCUGGAUGUGGGCGUGGCUAACCUCACCUGCAGGCAGUACUGGGUGGUGUACCUGCGGGUGCUGCAGGAGGCGGUGUGGCCAGGGGGGGUUCUACCUGCCCAGCCUCGCCCUGAACGCAGCCACGCCCAGAGGGAGGAGACCAGACAGCAGUCCCUGCACUGCCUCAUGAAACUGCUCCCAGAUGUGAUCUCAGACAUGCUGGGGUCUGACAGGUACAGACAGAGCUGGCAGACUGCAUUACAAUCCCUACAGGAUCCUCACAUCAACAGGCACCUGGUUUACUGUGUGUGUGACCUGCUGCUGGAGUUCCUGAUCCCAGAAUCCUCUGCUGUGGACUUUCAGAGGGCCCUGCUCAGCAGCCUGACCGGCAGCACAGAGAAGAUGCCCGCCUGAAACUACUGCGGAAAAGCACUCCUGCGCUGGAUUACACAUACACACACACGCGUACACACAUAUAUACAUGCGCAUGCACACACAGACACGCGCGCA